AUAAGUAAUAACAAGGUAAAGACCGACUUAACUUGACUUAACCCUGUGGUUGUGUUGUAUACCCGGUGUGUUGUUCUGUACUUUUAUUAUUUCUCUUUCCGUGAGUUUGAAAAAAGUUCGUCUUCAAAGUUCGAAUGGAACCUAAUAAAAUGGUCUAAAAGUGGUGAUUACUGGUGAAAAUUAUGCUCCAUUUUUAAGAAACAUAAAAUUUCUGUAUUUGGAUUUCAAUUCAUUCAGCAGUUUUCAAAAAAUAUUCACAACCGUAAGCUUAUUUUAUAAUUAAAAUAUCUGUUCAAAUUUCUUGUGUGGUUCAAUUAUGUACGAACCGGAAGGUGUUUUCGAAGAUGAUGGACUAAUUCCACCUGGUGAAGAUGUAGCUCUUCCCCCAGCCCUUGAACAAGCUUUGAACUAUAUUCAAACAACAGAAUAUUCACAUGAUGACAACACUGAAGUUGUACAGUCUAAAACUGAAGAUGUCGAGGAAGAUGAUGAUGAUGAUGAUGAUGAUGACGAAGAAGAACAAGUAGUUAAAAUGUCUACCAAAGAUCGUAAAGUAGCUAAAAGAAGGAAGAAAAAGUAUAAAAAGAAAAAGAAGAAACAAUUAAAAAAUGAGCAAAAAGUAAAAGAAACAUCAUCUUCAGACAAAGAGAACAAGGUUGAAAAAUUAGAUAUUGAGGUCGAAUACAUACAAGAAACUUUAAGUGUUUUCAACCUUGUACCUAUGUAUAGGCAAUAUGCUAAAGUAUUUGAAAAUUUUAAAAUUCCUGAACCAGAGCAAAAAUCAUCUGAUCAAGAUGGUGGUCAAGAAGCUACAUUACCCAGUUUAGAUUUAAAGAAAGUACCUAAGCUUCCUGAACAAGAAGAUGAUGAUGAUGGCAAAGAUAAAGAUGGAGAAAAUCAACCGAAGGGUCCUGAUAAGUUGUCAAGAAGGCAAUUUAAAAAAGUUACUCGUUUAAGUGUAGCUGAAUUAAAGCAACUAGUUUCUAGGCCAGAUGUUGUAGAAAUGCAUGAUGUAACUGCCAGAGAUCCACAUCUCUUAAUCCAGUUAAAAGCACAUCGUAACACAGUACCUGUACCUCGUCAUUGGUGCUUCAAGCGUAAGUAUUUACAGGGUAAACGAGGUAUUGAAAAGCCACCGUUUGAUUUACCUGAUUUUAUUAAACGUACUGGUAUCAUGGAAAUGAGAGCUGCUCAUCAAGAAAAAGAAGAUGAAAAAUCAUUAAAAAACAAAAUGAGAGAAAGAGUUAGACCCAAAAUGGGUAAGAUAGAUAUUGAUUACAAAAAAUUACAUGACGCAUUUUUCAAAUUACAAACUAAACCAAGAUUAUCUCUCCAUGGUGAUUUGUAUUAUGAAGGCAAAGAAUAUGAGACUAAGCUUAGAGAAAAGAAACCUGGUGAUUUGAGUGCUGAAUUACGCACUGCAUUAGGUAUGCCAGUUGGUCAUAAUGCUCACAAAGUCCCUCCACCAUGGCUUAUCGCUAUGCAACGUUAUGGCCCACCACCAUCUUAUCCAGCUCUUAAAAUUCCUGGUCUUAAUGCUCCCAUUCCUGAAGGAUGUUCUUUCGGUUACCAUGCUGGUGGUUGGGGUAAACCUCCUGUAGACGAACGUGGUCGACCUCUUUAUGGAAAUGUGUUUGGUACACCAUCUGAUUAUGAUGAAUCCCAUGUAGCUGAAGAGCAAAUUGAUAAAUCUAUGUGGGGAGAACCAGAUUCAGAAUCAGAUGCAGAAGAAAGUGAAGAAGAGGAAGAGGAAGAAGAAGUAAAAGAAACUGAAGAAGUUGCAAUUGAUGCUAGUGGUAUUGCCACACCAGUUGCCGAAGGCCUAGCAACACCAUCAGGAAUUAUGUCUGGAUUACCAAGUGGUUAUGAAACACCAGAAUAUAUUGAAUUAAGAAAACGAAAGAUUGAAUCUGAAAUGGAAAGUAGUGAACAACAACCUCUGUACCAUGUUUUACCUGAGAAGAAGGUUGACACUGUUCGUGGCUCUAUGAUGGCAUCUACACACAUGUAUGACAUACCAACUGCAGCAACAAAUAAACCUGGUGAAGUUGAAGUUAGUUUAGAUCCAUCUGAAUUGGAAUUAGCUGGAGAUGUUGAAGCCAUGGCAGCUAGAUAUGAGCAAAGAAUGAAGGAUCAACAGGGCGGGGAAGAUGAUGGCACCGAAACUGAAAAGAAAAAAGGACAGAAACGAAAAGCUGCUCAAGAAGCAAAAACAAGCAAAAAAUACAAAGAUUUCAAAUUUUAAACAAAUAAGAUUAAAAACCU